AUGGCCGCAUGUGACGCCACGGCAGGCGAGGUGGCGACACCGCCGCCGGCGAGGCUCGUGCGCUCGCCGCGGCGGCCGAGCACCUCGGAAGGGCCGAGGCGCGAGCCGCAGCACAAGCGGCGGCAGCCCGAGCCUCCGCUCGAGGGCUUGGCUCUGGACGAGGGCCUGGCGUUGUCCCCGUUGAAAACGGCGCGAACGCCGCUGCCAUGCCCUCUUGCCGUGAGCCGCCGGCACCUGGCGCAGGUGGAGCUGCUGCUGGCGGAGACGCAUGCUCGGGCGAGGCUGCGCUCGUCCAGUCCCUCGAAAGCACGGCUGCUGGAGGUGAAGACCGCGCUGCUUCAGGCCCGGCUGUUGGAGGCGAAGAUCGGAUGCACGAAGAGGGAGCUGCACAAGCUGCGAAUCAGCCCGGCGACCAGCCUGGCGGCCAGCCCGGCGCCUUGCCUGGCUGCAGGCCGGGCCUCCAGUCCGGCCCCCAGCCCGACGAGCAGCCCGACGUCCACCCCGGCGUCCUGCCAGCUCGUGUCGCUGGUGCAGUACGCGGACGACGUGAUCUGCACCUUCGCGAUCCCGGCGCCGACGCCGGACCCAAGCGACGCCGAGAGUCACCAGCCGCCGUCAGUGGUCCCGGGGGAGGUGGAGGGGGUGGAUUGGGACCCGGACCCCAGCGAGGCUUAA